CCCCUUUCAAACUGCUGUUUGACAUUAGAUUGCGACUGAAUCAACUCGACUGGCUUUUUAGAAAAUCCAUAACAGGUUUUAUUGGAGUUUCCAAUGCCAGCCUGUGAUACAAAGAGCAGCUCAAUCCUCAGUCUCCCACAGAUCUACUGAAGGCAUUUAACUGAAUUGGAGCUCCAUACGGUUCGUAUUCCAUUUGCUGGAGGGCAUACUUUUCGCUCAGAUGUAUUGAUAUUUGGUUACCCACUGGAUAUGGAGGCAAUUUGCAUUAAUGUAUAGAGAUUAUGUAAAUCGGCGACUGCUGAAAUAGAUCUUCAUGUGGUUUGAUAUUCUACAGAUGUGAAUGGAGAAUCUCUCUGGCACCACUAUGAUAGGUCAGGGCAGAAGGUCCUCUGUAGCUCAGCUGGUAGAGCACGGCGCUUGUAACGCCAAGGUAGUGGGUUCGAUCCCCGGGACCACCCAUACACAAAAAAAAAAAAAAAAAUGUAUGCACGCAUGACUGUAAGUCGCUUUGGAUAAAAGCGUCUGCUAAAUGGCAUAUUAUAUUAUUAUAUCAGAAGAGUCCUGCUCACAUGGAUAAGUCUGAGCCUGUUUGUGAGUUUCCAUACGGUCGCAGGUAAGAAUGUAUGUCCUGUUUAAUUAACUUCUUAGCAACUACGAAAUACAUUGAUUAGCUGUAAACAAGAAGUUAUAUAUACUUUUUAUAGUUUGGUAUGCUUGUAAAUGGUUGUAAAUCACGCCUUUCCCAAUUAAUGCAUCAGUUGACAGACUACUACAAUGCCUUUUCUAUAACAUCUCAAUAUUUUCCAGGGGACAGAGAGAGCCUCUUCCAGCUUCAUACUAGUUAUGGUCUGCUGGAGGGCAGGCUGGUCAGAGUGAGAGAGAGCCAGAAGAAUGUGGCUGCCUAUCUGGGGAUCCCCUUCGCUGAGCCCCCUGUCGGGCCCCUGAGGUUCCAGGCCCCCCAGCCUCCUCGGGUGUGGCAGGGACUGAGAGACGCCAAGGCCUACCCCCCUCUGUAUGAGCCUAAACAGUAAUUUGUUAGAGAGAGACAGGCAGGCAGGGAGACAGACAGAUAAACAGCCUACACUGUCUUAUAGGGAACUCUGAAUCAUGCUUAUUCUGAUAAACAUUAACAUUCUGCCAAUCAUGUUUUUAUUGAUAGUAUAAGAUGAUGUCACCUCUCUUGUCCUCUUAACACAUAGGUGUCUGCAGAACAUGAACCACACUAGACAGAUGGGGAACCUGUACGGAGGUCGGUUCCCUGUCCUUACCACCUCAGAGGACUGCCUUUACCUGAACAUCUACACACCAGUCAAACCUGGAGACCCAAGGAAACUACCAGUGAGGAGAGACAUGAGAAUGUACCCAUAUCUACCUCAGAGUAGACAAGCAUACAUGUCUUUGGUUUGGUGGUCUAGUCUAAAAAAGUAUAUCUGCAGGUGAUGAUUUGGAUCCAUGGUGGAGGCUUCCUCAUGGGAGGGGCUUCACUCUAUGAUGGCUCCUCAUUGGCUGCCUUCGGGGACGUUGUGGUGGUCAUCCUCCAAUACCGUCUGGGUAUCCCAGGGUUCCUCAGGUACACUUCUAUUGGUACUGCAUUUGGUCAAUAUGAUCAAUGCACAAAUUUGGGUGAGUAACAUUUUCUCUUGUUUGGUGUCUACUGAACACAACCCUGGCAUAUCUGAUCUCAUAUCUGCUUGACUGUCCAGUACUGGGGAUGGCCAGUACCCUGGGAAUGUGGGUAUUCUGGACCAGGUGUGUGCCAUGCGCUGGGUGCAGGAGACCAUCAGCAGCUUCGGUGGAGACCCAGGAUCUGUCACCAUUUUCGGAGAGUCUGCUGGUGGUGUCGCCGUCUUUUUACAUGUGUGUACUGUAUAUCUAGGAAAACAGAUACUUGCUGAUACAGAAAUAUGCACUGGCUGUCUGUAUGUAGGCUUACCUUGGGCACUGAUUCAUUGUUCUGUCUGUCCAGAUGAUGUCCCCUCUGUCAUCAGGACUGUUCCACAAGGCCAUCAGUCAGAGUGGAAUACCCCUCAUCCCUGUCUUCAUCCAGGAUGACCCCAAACCUGCUGCACAGGUGGUCUGCUGUUUCACUGUGUGCUGAUCAUAGCAGCAUGUCUCAAGCAUCCCAUACUUUGGUUCAUAUACAAUAUAAUAACUGGUAAAACCUUCAGUGGUCUUAUGACAAUGUAACGUGUUGUAAUUCAAAUGCUCUGGUUUCAAUCUCUCCCUCCUCCAGCUGGUGGCACAGAGAGCAGGCUGUCCCAGUGAUGACUCUGCAGAGCUCAUGACCUGCCUCAGUACCCUCAGCCAACAGGACAUAGAGGCUGCUACACCUGCACUGGUAGGUUUGGUCUGAGCCUCACACUCACCCUACAGUAUGUGGGAUGUAUGUAUCUGAAUGCCAGGCUGUUGCUUUAACUAACUUAUACUGUAUGGCGCUGUUGAAUGCAACAACAUGGCUGUUGUUUGUGACUUCCAUUCUGGGGUCCAUCCUCUCUCUCCACAGGGGGAGAUGGUUCUGUCUGUGCACAGGGAUGGGACAGUCAUCCCUACCAACCUGGAGGAAGUCCUGCAGACCAAGAGCUUCCUGGGCUUCCCCAGCAUCAUAGGGAUCAACAACCAUGAGUAUGGAUGGAUGCUCCCACAUGUAUGUAUGUCCCUGCAUGAAGAUAUGAAAACUAUCUGUCAUAUAUUUUACAGGUAAAUGUACUUUUAUCAUUGUUUUUCACAAACCUUGUUGUGUGUUCCACCAGUUUUUCCUAUUUCCUGGAUGGGAUCUUGGAAUGACCCGUGAAAACAUGAUGAUGAUCCUGGCAUUAAUGCUUCAGAAAGUGGUUAGUAAAGUAUGGUGGCAGACAGGGUUGGGUAGGUUACUUUCUAAAUGUAAUCCGUUAGAGUUACUAAAUUAGUUACCUGUCCAAAAUUGUAAUCAGUAACAUAACUUUUGGAUUGCCCAAACUCAGUAACGUAAUUGGAUUACUUUCAGUUGCUUUUUGAUUACUUUCUCCUUAAGAGGCAUUAGAAGAAGACGAAAAGGAUCCAUCAAACACAUUUGGUGUCGUCAUAGUGGUCUCUGACAUCAUAGUGGUCUCUGACAUCAUAGUGGUCUCUGACAUCAUAGGGGUCUCUGACUUGUAGUCAGACUCGCUCAGGUGGAACAAACUUAAACUUGCGCCUUUUUUCAAUGCUGAAUUGAAUGUCAUUGAGAAAACAGAAAGGUGUCAUAAUGUAUUUUUUUUCGCAAACGUUCUUUCUAAAUUUAAAAGUAAUCCAUGAAGUAAUCAUCUCACUUUUAAAAAGUAUCUGUAAUCUGAUUACAAUAUUUUUGCUGGUGAAAGAACAAUCGGAACUUCACUUCAACUUCUUUAGUACCAUGAUGUACGCAGGAAAAUACACACUGGGAUGAAAAUAACAGAGUAUUAUAAACCUGUAGAUUUAAGAGGAGGUCCUAGAGAGUUCCUCCUUUGAUUGUCACACAAGACUGCUACUUGAUUGGUUAAUAUAGAACGGUGGGUAGGUUGUAUGCAAAAUAUGAAUGGCGUUUGUACAUAUAAUGUAUCAUAGAAACAAAGCAAUCUUGCUGUCUGAUAAUAGGCAGGCUGAAGGAUGGGAUUUGUUGAAUAAGACGAAGACAAGUCUUGCAGCUGCAUGAUAAGGAAAAAUAGAGUAUUCUAAAUUAUCUACAAAACAAGUCUGUAUGCUCUGGGAAAUAUAUGUGAAGAGAUACAUUCACUGAGAACCACCAGUGUCAGGGAAUUGCAUAUUAAUCAUCUGUCAUCACGUUUAUAUUGCUUUCUGCCUAUUUCAGCCAAUUUGCUCUUCUGUCUCAGCAUAUAUGUUGCUUUUGUGACUAAGUGUUAGUAUUUUUAGUAUUAUGCUGGUUAUUACAGUUUAAACAAGGAUGUGUUCUUAAGGCCUCAUAAGCCUGGUAAUUAGUUGGUUAUCAUAGCUCACAGUCAAUAGUUACUCAUUUAAUACAAGUCAUUAUUAGUACAAUCAUUACAUGUUCAGCCUAGGAGAGCCUGUAGUGUGUGUGCGUCGGCCUGUGUGUGUGUGUGUGUGUUUCUAGUCCAUCUGAAUUCGAUCAUCUUGGAUGUUUGUGUGUGUGUGACAGAGAAAUUACUUUUCAUUAUCUUAUUAGUAACUUUCCCCAACAAUAUCACAAUGUAUCACAGGAAGUUGGUGGCACUUCAAUUGGGGAGGAUGGGCUUGUGGUAAUGGCUGGAGCGGAAUGGUGGAAUGGUAUCCAAUACAUCAAACACGUUUUCCAUGUGUUUGAUGCCAUUCCAUUUGCUCCGUUCCAGACAUUAUUAUGAGUUGUCCUCCCCUCAGCAGCCUCCUGUGCUCUGUAUGCAGUAGUGAUGAUGUUAUUUUAGAUAAAUGUAUAAAAUAUAUAAAAACAUAUAUAUACAGUACCAGUCAAAGGUUUGGACACGCCUAAUCAUUCCGGGGUUUUUCCUUAUUUUUACUAUUUUCUACAUUAAAUAAUAAUCGUGAAGACAUCAAAACUAUGAAAUAACACAUAUGGAAUCAUGUAGUAACCAAAAAAGUGUUAAACAUAUUUGAGAUUCUUCAAGUAGCCACCCUUUGCCUUGAUGACAGCUUUGCACACUCUUGGCAUUCUCUCAACCAGUUUCAUGAGGUAGUCACCUGGAAUGCAUUUCAAUUAAGAGGUGUGCCUUGUUAAAAAUUAAUUUCUGGAAUUUCUUUCCCUCUUAAUGCGUUUGAGCCAGUUGUGUUGUGACAAGGUAGGGGUGGUAUACAGAAGAUAGCCCUAUUUGGUAAAAGACCAAGUCCAUAUUAUGGCAAGAACAGCUCAAAUAAGCAAAGAGAAAUGACAGUCCGUCAUUACUUUAAGACAUGAAGGUCAGUCAAUCCGGAAAGUUUCAAGAACUUUGAAAGUUUCUUCAAGUACAGUCGCAAAAACCAUCAAGCGCUAUGAUGAAACGGUCAUGGGGACCACCACAGGAAAGGAAGACCCAGAGUUACCUCUGCUGCAGAGGAUAGGUUCAUUAGAGUUAACUGCACCUCAGAUUGCAGCCCAAAUAAAUGCUUCACAGAGUUCAAGUAACAGACACAUCUCAACAUCAACUGUUCAGAGGAGCCUGCAUGAAUCAGGCCUUCAUUGUCAAAUUGCUGCAAAGAUACCACUACUAAAGGACACCAAUAAGAAGAAGAGACUUGCUUGGGCCAAGAAGCACGAGCAAUGGACAUUAGACCGGUGGAAAUCUGUCCUUUGGUCUGAUGAGUCCAAAUGUGAUAUUUUUUGGUUCCAACCGCCAUGUCUUUGUGUGACGCAGAGUAGGUGAACGGAUGAUCUCCGCAUGGGUGGUUCCCACCAUGAAGCAUGGUGGAGGAGGUGUGGUGGUGCUUUGCUGGUGACACUGUCUGUGAUUUAUUUAGAAUUCAAGGCACACUUAACCAGUAUGGCUACCACAGCAUUCUGCAGCGAUACACCAUCCCAUCUGGUUUGUGCUUAGUGGGACUAUCAUUUGUUUUUCAACAGGACAAUGACCCAAAACACACCUCCAGGCUGUGGAAGGGCUAUUUGACCAAGGAGAGUGAUGGAGUGCUGCAUCAGAUGACCUGGCCUCCACAAUCACCCGACCUCAACCCAAUUGAGAUGAUUUGGGAUGAGUUGGACUGUAGAGUGAAGGAAAAGCAGCCAACAAGUGCUCAGCAUAUGUGGGAACUACUUCAAGACUGUUGGAAAAGCAUUCCUCAUGAAGCUGGUUGAGAGAAUGCCAAGAGUGUGCAAAGCCGUCAUCAAGGCAAAGGGUGGCUACUUUGAAGAAUCUAAAAUCUAAAAUAUAUUUUGAUUAGUUUAACACUUUUUUGGUUACUACAUGAUUCCAUAUGUGUUAUUUCGUAGUUUUGAUGUAUUCACUAUUAUUCUACAACGUAGAAAAUAGUAAAAAUCAAGAAAAACCUUUGAAUGAGUAGGUGUGUCCAAACUUUUGACUGGUACUGUAUAUAUAUAUACACAGUAUAUUAUAAUAAAAAUCCACUUGUUACAGUUUUUUUGUAAUCAGAUUCCAUGUAAUCAGUUACUCCCCAACCCUGGUGGCAGCUUUAUAAUAUAAUUAUCUAGCAGUCUGGUCCAUGAGCUGUCUUUUAAACGUUGUAUCUCCCUGGUAGCGUCUGCCAGACUCUGCCCUGGGGAUCAUCGUAGAGGAGUACUUUGGUGACAUGAAGGACCCUGUUGGGAUCAGAGAUGCCUUCUUGGAGCUUAUGGGAGAUCUACUGAUUGUGAUCCCAGGGAUCCAGGGAGCCAGGGGGUGUAGAGGUGAGGAAUCCACUGGGAACUAUACCAAUCAGAUGCCUGAUUUUUCUUUAGAAACCUCCUGGAAUACAUGAUUUAAUAAUUAUUAUGAAUAAAUUAUUUUAAGACAUACUUUAACUAAUAUCUAAAUGAUUGAGACAUGUUGUAGUUGAUGACAUACAUGUUGUGUUGGUAUUCACAGAUAUGAGUGUAAUGUAUCUCUCUCUCUGUCUAUGCAAGAUUCUGGUUGCUUGAUAUACUACUAUGAGUUCCAGCAGCGCCCCUCCAUGUUCAAUACUAGCAGGCCAGGCUUUGUUAAAGCAGACCACUUUGAUGAGGUUGGCUUUGUGUUUGGCGCCCCCUUUUGGACGGAUGACAUAGUGAUGUUAGGUAGAAAAUGUUUAUUAUUCUGGAGUAAUUGUAGGCUAAAUAUAUUUGAAAAUCUUGUUUUCAUAUCAAAUUCUGGAGGAACUGUCGAUAACAAUAACAGGAGUCAUAAGUUACUGUGAAAUAAACAUAAUCAGAUGUUAAUACUGUUAAGUGACAAAAGACUGAGAGAGAUUAUAUUUUGGACAAGAUCAUUCUGCUGAGCCUGUCCUGUAUCUCUGCAGCUUUUCUUGGAAACGAUGGAAACUAAAAACGUUUUCCACUCAUAGAUAACACGACAGAGGAGGAACGACAGCUUAGCAAGACCAUGAUGAAAUACUGGACUAACUUUGCCAGAACAGGGUGAGAGAUCCCUUCCUUGUUCUCUUUCUCUUUCUCGCUCUCUUUCUUUCUUUAUCUCUUCUCACUCUCUUUCUCUCUGUCUCUCUCCCCCUAUUUUUUCUCAUACUCUCUCUCUCUCUUUCUCUCUGUCGCUCUCUCUCUCUGGGUGUAUUUAGUUGGAGAAGCUUCAACACAGAUAUGACAUGUAACAAGAACCAGAUUUCUGUCAUGAUGUAAUCAAGUUUUCAUUCCGCCAGAAGUUCCGAGUUUUCUCUGAAUACAUUGAUUUCUAAAUAAGUUACAGAACAUAGUUUCUCAGUUCAUAUUAGACAAAGGACAGUUUAAGACUCCCUACUGUAUGCAAACAUAUUUACUACUGUAUACCAAGUAUGCUUUAUACAUCUACUUAUAGUGGAUACUCAAUAUAGUCCAUAAUAGGAGAUCAACCACCAAUUGCAUUCGGUCAUAGUAGUAGUGUACAUAUGUAAAAGUAAGUAGUUAUAAGUGCACCCACUCAUAUGAUGCCAAUGGGUUGUUGUUGUCUGUCUCCUCUGUCUCUCCCUCUGUUCCUGUAGUAACCCUAAUGGAGAGAGUAUGUUUGAUUGGCCGACAUUCACCACAGAAGAAGAGUGUCUACUGAUCCAGGCCAACCUCGGGCUGGGCAGUGUCUCAGAGAAGAAGAGAGCCCAGUUCUGGACAGAAGACUUCCCCAAAAUACUGCAGACUGCUGGACACAAAGACACACACAAUGACCUGUAGAAAUGAAUGUUCACUGUGUCCAGUAGUGCAAAAAGUACUCAAUUGUCAUACU